AUGACAAUCAUUUCUAGUCUCAUCAAGAUUUUAAGUCGCAGGGACCACCUGGACUAUGUUUUAACCGUGAUCGCUCUAUCCUCUGUUCUAUGGUAUAUUUGGCUUUACACCAAGUCCAAACGCCCGUCUCCACCGUUGCCACCGGGACCUUGGGGUCUUCCCAUAAUCGGAAACCUCCCAUUCCUCAAACCUGAGCUUCACACAUACUUCCAAGACCUAGCUAAAAAGCAUGGUCCCAUUUUCAAACUCUGGCUCGGAGCCAAGCUAGCAAUCGUGGUCACCUCCUCCGAUGUGGCCCGCGAGAUUCUCAAGACCAAUGACGUCAUCUUCGCAAACCACGAUGUUCCUGCGGUGGCUUUGGUUAACAUGUAUGGUGGUAUUGAUAUCGCUUGGUCACCAUAUGGACCGAGGUGGAGGAUGCUGAGGAAGCUAUGUGUGACUAGGAUAUUGAGCAACGCGAGGUUGGAUUUAUCCGUGGACCUACGUCGCCGAGAGACAAGGCGAACGAUUAGGUAUUUGGCGGAUCAGGCUCGGGUCGGAUCACCGGUUAACCUAGGAGAUCAAAUAUUCGUGAUGAUAUUAAACGUUGUGACGCAGAUGUUGUGGGGAGCUACGGUUGAGGAAGAAGAAAGGGAGAUUGUUGGAGCUGAAUUCUCUGAAUUAGUUAGACAGAUGAACGACCUCCUAGUGGAACCAAAUAUAUCCGAUUUUUUCCCAGCAUUAAGCCGGUUUGAUCUUCAGGGUUUGGCUAAGCGUAUGCGAGGACCGGCUCAGAAGGUGGACCGGUUGUUUGAUCAGAUCAUUAAUCAACGGUUGGGGAUUGAUAAGGGGAGUGAAAAGAAAGGUGGGGAUUUCUUGGAGGUCUUAUUGAAAAUUAAGGAUGAAGAAGAUGACAAGACAGAUUUUACCAUGAACCUUGUCAAGGCUUUGCUCAUGGACAUGGUGCUCGGUGGUACAGACACAUCGUUACAUGUCAUCGAGUUCGCGAUGGCCGAGCUAUUCAAUAAACCUGAUAUCAUGAAGAGAGCGCAGCAAGAGCUUGACGAAGUUGUAGGCAAAGACAAAGUAGUGGAAGAAUCUCACACAACUAAACUUCCAUACAUACUUGCCAUUAUGAAAGAAACUUUAAGGCUUCACACGGUUGCGCCACUCCUUGUUCCUCACCGCCCAUCCCAAACCACCGUUGUGAGCGGUUUCACCAUCCCUCAAGAUUCAAAGGUCUUCAUUAACGUGUGGGCGAUCCAUAGGAAUCCAAAUGUAUGGGAGAAUCCAUUGGAGUUCGAUCCUGACCGGUUUCUUGAUAAGUCUUAUGACUUUAGUGGAAGCGACUUAAAUUAUUUCCCCUUUGGAUCUGGUCGUAGAUUAUGUGUGGGAAUGGCGAUGGGUGAGAGGGUUGUUCUUUACAAUAUCGCUACGCUUUUGCAUUCUUUUGAUUGGGAACUUCCUCAAGGAAAGAGAGUGGAUAUCGAGGAGAAGUUUGGGAUCACGUUGAAGCUGAAAAACCCACUUGUUGCCACGCCUGUGCUAAGGUUGUCCGAUCCAAAUCUUUAUCUCUAA